AGAUGAAUUGCAGACUGCAUGCAAAGCAGCAGCUAGUUACAGAGUGUAGAAAAUUAAAUAAACCCUCUGUGUUAUUGUGACUUACAGUUUCUACUUCUUCACUGACUCAUCGUCGUCUGUAUCAUCCUUUUUUUUAAUGUGGAUCAACAUCAUCACAUCCCCACUAUGUUGAAGUACAACAGUACUGAAUCCUGGCUUUUUAUAAAUACUUGCCUGCCUGUAACAGCCAGUCCAGCUAACAGAAGUGGGAUGGAAGCAUAUCUUCAAAGACUGGCACAUUUAGAUGAAGGCCUCUACAAUGACUUCUAUGGCCUCUGGAUCACACUGAUGGUCAUAAACUCUCUCAUUUUCCUGGUGGGCAUGGUGCUCAACACAGUUGCACUUUAUGUUUUUUGUUUUCGCACCAAGCAGAAAACCACCUCGGUGAUCUACACCAUCAACCUGGCGGUGACUGACCUCUUAGUGAAUCUUUCUCUGCCCACUCGCAUCCUGCUUUACUACAGUGGAGGAGCUUGUCUCACCUGCUCCUACAUGCACAUCUUCAGCUACUUUGUCAACAUGUACUGCAGCAUCUUGUUUCUAACCUGUAUAUGUGUUGACCGUUACCUUGCCAUUGUGCAGGUUGAAGCUUCCCGUCGCUGGAGGAACUCCAGUGUUGCUAAAUGUGUGUGCAUUUCUGUCUGGCUGUUUGCCAUCGUGGUCACAUACUCCUUUCUCUCUACUGCUUUCCAACAUACAGGCUGCUGCCUCUCAAAACUCCUUUUUCUUACAAUCACUGAGUUCUUCUUACCCCUCAUCGUCAUUGUGGUUUUCACAUUGCGUAUUGUGUGGGCCCUGGUGGACCGUCGCCUGAUGCAGCAGAGCAGGGAGAGGAGAAAGAGAGCUGUCCAGCUGCUAACCACUGUGCUGAUCAUCUUCACAGUCUGUUUCACACCUUUUCACAUCAGACAAGUUUUGGUGUACUUUUACCCUGAUAUGCCCCAUCAUGUGAUUGUGUACCACUUAACUGUCACCCUCAGUAGUUUGAACAGUUGUAUGGAUCCUGUUGUCUACUGCUUUGUUACAAAUAAUUUCCAGGCCACUAUGAGACAUCUUUUCCGUCGUGCAGAGCCAGAGCAGACCAGUGGUGACAUUGUCAGUAUGCAGCACAGCUCCAAGGCCUCAGGAGGGACUGCUAACGCCAUUGCUAAUAAUGUGGUUAUGAUGACUAAGAUGGCCAGUUCACUGCAAAGAGACAAUAUGGGGAAGAAUAACACACUGUAA